CUCUUCCUGGGCUUGGGGUCCCUUCGCGGCGUUACGUGCGGUUGUUGAUAUUCAACCUUCCUCAACCAGCAUAGGCUGCAUGAGGGGGGGGCGGGCUCCCGUAAUCCUGCUCGGCGGAGGGGUGAGUGACCGGCCCCGCCCCUUCCGGUCCUCGAAGCCUCGACCACCACCCUCACCCCAAAUCCUAGAGGCCGCUCUGCUCCUGUCGCUUCUUUGGAUGCCGGCGCUGCUGCCUGUGGCCUCCCGCCUUCUCUUGCUCCCACGAGCUCUGUUGUCCAUGGCUUCAGGAAGCCCCCCGUCCCAGCCCCCGCCCGCCUCGAGCUCCGGCUAUGUUCCCGGCUCGGUCUCUGCAGCCUUUGUCACCUGCCCCAAUGAGAAGGUCGCCAAGGAGAUUGCCAGGGCUGUGGUGGAGAAGCGCCUGGCAGCCUGCGUUAACCUCAUCCCUCAGAUUACAUCCAUCUAUGAGUGGAAAGGAAAGAUUGAGGAGGACAAUGAGGUGCUGAUGAUGAUUAAAACCCAAAGUUCCUUGGUUCCAGCUUUGACAGAUUUUGUUCGUUCUGUGCACCCUUACGAAGUGGCUGAGGUGAUUGCAUUGCCUGUGGAGCAGGGGAACUCCCCAUACCUGCACUGGGUACGCCAGGUUACAGAGUCUGUUUCCGACUCCAGCACAGUCCUACCAUGAGGAACCCUGUUUCUGCCAUUGUUUCCCUUGUAUACUUCAUGCCCUUUGACUUCCAGGAGAUGACUGGGCCCCUAAUAAAUCCUGUCUUUGGUUUUCUCUGC